AUGCCUGAAGAUCGUAGUCUCCACAGUAUACCCUCAAUCCCGGAGGUCGACCAGCACGGAGGCGACGAUUUGCCGACAUACGAAGACUUAGCCUCUCAGAAUGGCCCCAAUUCGAGGUUUGGCCGCUGGAAAUCGUGGAUAGAGAAACGUGCGGCAGAAAGGUACGCAGACCUGACACCGGAACAAUUUGAGCGACGUCGCCAGAAGGGAUGGGGAGAAGGUACCGAAGACGGCAGCGGCCAAGCCACUUCUUCCACGAACUCCAGCACAGGUCGUCAUGGUGUACAGCUGCACGUACAAACCGACCUUUCUGCCCCAAUAACACCCCCCGGACACCCGCUAGAACCAGAAACUCCGCAACCGUCAAUAGGCGAGGUACUCUCUCCGACGCGUCUGCAGCUACACCAAUUCGGCUCUCGGUUCUUACCUCACACGACAUCGCAAAUUCGAUGUCUGCUACCAAUCCUCGGCGAUACUAUGCUACUGGUCGGCCACGACGAGGGUCUAUCGAUAUUGAACAUGUUUCCGAAAGAAUGGUCGGAUGAGGGUCUGACAGAGCGAGGACCGAACGACGCGGUUGUGUAUCAUGUCUUGUCUGGCGAAAGUUUCUGCCAAAUGAGCCUUUUGGAGGCGGAAAGCACCGGGGAUGGAACUCCCCAAGGCGUCGUUCUUGCCUUAGUGGGUCCAGCGGACGAGCCUCCAAGCGGCCAGGAAGGUGUUAAGUCUAUUAGGAUGUACAAUCUUGGCAGCUUGGUUAGCCUGGCAAAAUGGACAACAGUACAGCAGCCAGGUGCGCUUCCGCUGCAGCUGGGUAUUGCCGAAAGAAAGUAUAUGCAAGGUCGACAUCACAAGUCUAAGCCAAGCCUGGCGAGAGGUUUGAAGCAUCUUCGCUUGGAUUCUCCACUACAUCAGCCCCCGCGCAGUCAAACUCUUAACGAGGUUAAUGCGUCCGCAGGCAUAUCACCAAGCAUGCAACUUCCUGGACGAAGCUUGUCUGGUGACUCAGCGGUCAGCGUAGAUUCGUCGUGGGAUGUCGUGGAAGAUCUUCCAUUACGCUGGGCCACGGACUAUGUUCCCCUCGCAGCUCCCGGCACCAGGUUGUUUGGCACAUCAGUUCUGUGUUACGACGUGUGGAGGGAUCCAAAUGAGCGCAGCAGAGGUGUUGCAUAUCUUGCCAUCGUUGUCAAGAGUAACAUCCUAUUGUAUCACGCUCCGAAAGGAGAAAGAGCCUUCCGCUUCGUCAAGGAAUUCUACACUCCAAUUACUGCACGCAGUAUUACAUUUGUUCAACAAUCUGUCCACGACUCGAUGUCUCGAAGCCCUUCUGAUGUUACCCCGCGAACUCGGCACAGCAGCAGUGCAGGGUUCACUCGACACCUGAAGGGUAUGUCCGUGGGUGGCGUAACUCCAUUCUACCCGGCGCAACUCAGCCUAUUCGCAACUUUCGAGAAGAAGGCGGGCCUCAUCCGCAUAGCCGAUGCCGCCGUUGGCGAGGUCGAACUCUAUGACGACGGUACUAGCAGUUUACACGGGAUGCUUCUCUCGUCGGGCAGCACAACCUCUCUCUCAAAACGUUCUCGUGCAUCAUGGGAUGGCAGGGGUUUCGUGAAGGACACCAAGGCCGCAUGGAUUCCACCUUGCAAAGUCGACUUUUCGGAGCCCCAACUCGGUCGCUCCCUCUCACAGAGCAUGUACAUCCUUACGCGGGGUAAACAGUCGCAUAUCUUACCCCAUCCCUUGCCAACUAAUAUGUCCGUGGUGCCUCCUUACCGAGUCAUACACUGGUCAAGUCCACCAAACAACGUGACUGCGAGGAUCAGUCGACCUGAGAACGGCUCGCAGCCUGUCAUACAUAUCGUGGCUUUCGGGGACGAUGGUAUCGAGGUGCAAGAGCUUUCCCUGUCACGUCUUUCCCAACGAGACGGAAAGAGCCGAGAGGACGAGCCAUUGCGUGUACAGGCCGACUUUGGCGGCACUGAAGCGGGCUUCCUGGUCGCUGGCGGGCAUUGGCACAAGCCGUUUGGCUCCAGCUUCACGCAUACGCCGAACGGGAGCGAUCUCGACGCUGAUUCGGACUUGGACCUCUUACCUGAAGAGCUUGCAGACGUGAUGUACGCCGAACAAGGCAUCUACGGCUGGAUACGGAAAGGCAGCGAGGACUGGAGGGUCAUUUGGCUAGGGGGUGAUGAGUGUAGCCAAAGCAAGGAGCGUAACGGGAAGGAGAGCGUGCCUGAUGAUGUGAAAGUUAUGGUCUUACAGGUGUACCAUAAGGAAGUCCUUGGUCCGUAA